AUGGUGCAAACGAUUCCAAAGCUCAUCCCCUACACAAUGUUUAAUAAAGGGGUUGCUUGCCAGAGAAGGGAUAGGUCUAGAGCAACGGGGAAAACACCUGGACACAGAGUUUGUAGUCUCCCCGAUUGUCAUAAUAAUAUUUGUCAAGGCGGCUGGUGUGAAGAGACUAUGACUGCCUUCAAAUGUCACUGCUAUGACGGAUAUGAAGGGAAACUCUGCGACCAACAAUCAACUUCUAAACAAAACAUCACAGCGAUCGAUUCAAACAAAACCACCUCAUCUCCUACAACUAUGCCGCUAGAGAAUGGUCCAUGUUCGUAUAAGUCGUGGAAACUUCACCAAGGAAGUUGCUACCAAUAUUUUGGCAAUGAACUCAAUUUUCUCGAGGCUUUGUUCUUCUGUCGGAGUUUAACUAAUAAGCAAUCGUGUCCGAUAGACUUGGUCUCUAUUCAUAGUCGGGAAGAGAAUGGAUUCGCUGCUGAAUUUUGUUAUAAUAAUGUGAGUGUUAAGUUAAGGGGUACUCUCGGCUGA